AUGUCUCUCCAGGCAGUAGCUCUCGCCAGCUUUAGCGCAACAGGAGUCUUCAGGCACCCCCGCUCCAAAAAGUUGAACCACGAAAGCCUAAAGGUGGCUUUCACCGAGUCAGCGUAUUCUUCAAAUCCCUCAGCGAGGAUUAGCUGCCUUGCUCCGACACCUCAAAUCUCUGUUCUCUCAGAUGAAUACUCAAGGCCAGCAGUGAUUGGACAUGCCGGAAGUUUUGGGUCGUACCCAAACAGUGCUGAAGCUAUCAAAGACAUUCUCAUGUCUGUUUUAAAGGCAUCUGGUUUGAAGCCCUCUUUGAUGCUGGAGCAGACCACAAUGCAGGGGGCCGAGCAUCUGGACAGUGACGUGGAACAGUGGGAAGAAAGCAGCAACGGGGAUAGCAACGAUGACAGUGACAGCGAUUCUGCGCGCCACAGCGCUGCCUGUACACAAACAGACAUUCGGUUUACAAGGCACCGGGCGUGUUGGGACAACGCGUGCUGUGAUUCCUCUAAACCUUCGCUGGAGACCUUUUUUUGUCCCCGUUACACUGAUGGGGAUCCUGCUGCUUCCUCUUUGAAUGAUUUCAGUCUUUCGGACGUGUCCCCUCUGAAGCAGGACUGCUUUACCCAGGUGACGUUAACGGGAGGCACUGUCACAUCGACUGUUGUGCAUUCUGGAAAAGAACAUUAUACCUCACCUGAACAAGACUUGACUUUCACAAGGUUUCUCCCCGAGUCAACUGUUGGUAAGCCAGCAGAUCUGUUGAAAUACCCUGAUGCUUUGGAGCCUGCGCCUGUCAGCAACAGUGACAGCAAUUCUCCCAGUGGACUUUCUCAGUCAGAGCCAGUCAAUCAAACAGGUUCUACUUCUCCUUUGAACAUAAGUGCUAUACCCUUGAAUCGUUCGUUGCAGGACAUCCGUAUGCUUCCAGAAGAUGUGGAGAAG